AUGACCUCUCCCUUCCUCUCCUGGAGGUCACUCGAUACCAGCCUCAUCGUCGCAGAUGCAGAGACGAAAGUGUCUCAGUCAGAGGGCUCAGAAGCCAUUCCUCCGUCGGUCGCCGAUGAUCACCAGAAAACCACUGCCACUGGUACCACUCUGCCUGCUGAACUGGUAUUACCGGAUGCAAACCAGCCUGAGGCAGAAGGCUCUGAUGAAAAGCAAGCACCGGGGGAGCCGAAGAAGAAAUUCACAGCGUACGAUAUCUGGUGCUCUGGCUUGACGAGUGAUGUGUAUGCGGCGAUUAACGAAUCCAAUGAAGAGACAUGGACCUCUAUACUAUGGGCUUCACAGAGGUGGCAGCAGAUCUACCAGGCUGGGGAUGAGGAGGCUACCCAGUUGCGGAAGUCGCAGAAUCCGGGCGCAGCGAUGGAUCCUGAAUUUUUCUCGCAAUGGAUUCCUAAGGAUCUGCUCAACGCUGCUAUAAGGAACAUAUGA